AUGAAGCCACUGGAUCGACACGAGGGUGACUCCGACAGCGACGACACAAAUAGCCAGCCAGAUCAAAGUGAUCGGAGCAGCAGUGAUUCUGCCUCCGAAGGCGGGGGCGAUCCCGUUUAUUUCCCCGAAGAAGAAACACCGGUACCACAAGCAUCAACCGACCCGACCACGCUCUGGCAGAACAUCACCAAUGAUCCAGAUUUGAGGAAGCUUCUGAAGGAUUGGGAUGAGGUGGAGAAAACAGGCAAGUUGGAAAAGGACAACAGUCAGAACCAGCCGGCGGAACUCGCCACGCCAGACCAAGCAAAGUUGGAGGCUCUUCGACAUGAGAAAGAAGAGUUUUAUCGUCCCGAAAUAACGAAGUGCAUCCAACAGUCAUUCAUCCACACUGUCAUGGAACAUGCAACCGCGACGACUUUACAGAUGACAUUAUUCCUCCUGGGUCUUAUUCUGGAGCAGGAGCCUGAUCAAAUCUGUUCAUCACGCCAUGCUAUUCCCAUACUACACCAAGCCAUAGAUGUUGAAGUGAACAAGGAACCGGUCCGCUUUAGGGGGUUCACAAGUCGAAUUUGCAAGCUGGUUGAUGAUUCAAACCGGAGCGCCGCAAUUGCUAUGAGGAAUGCGAAAGAGGAGAACUGCCUUCAUCUUGUUGUUCGUCACAACAUCCACGACGCUAAAGGCAUCAUCUCUUCUGUCAGUCCGAAUUCACAACCGAACGCAUUCACGCAGAGACGCAAAUCAGCCGCUAAAUUGGAGAAUGGGAACACGCCACUGCACGAUGCACUACACUUCGAAAGACUCGGAAGGCGCACCAUUCCAUGUCAGACGAAAGAACUCAAGCAAUCAGAUUGGUGUGACGAAUGCAAAAGGGCCGCAAAAGCGAACAAGUACCUUCCCGAGUUCAAAGGGUACUAUCACGGCAUCAUUAAGGAGCUGGUAAAAGGAUACCCCGACGUACUAAAACAACACAAUUCUGCAGGACACCCUCCUUACACUUUCCAUCUGGAAACGAGAACGCAGAGUGUUGAGAGCUUGAAGAGACUGUCCCAGGACCCACCGACAGCAACAACAACUCUCACCAACAGCAAGAACAAAGGGGCUGACGGCCAGGCCAGCCGACCUAAAGCGAAAGGCAAAUCAGGCAAUGAUUUCAAGCUUGGUCCCCGAGCUAAUAGCUGGAGGCUCGACAAACCGCCGGAAAAAGAUCAUCCCAACGAACCCAUCAAUUCCAAAACACGUACAGAAGAAAAGCACAUGGGCACCACGGCUAAGGAUCCGAACGCAGACGAAGAUGGGCAGAAAGAAUCCGAGGGAGCAAUUGAGAAGCACAAAGAGCCAUGGCAGUAUGAUUCAGGCUCUUUGGAGAACUCGGGAAGAAUUGUCAGUUACCUGGAGAACAACAUCCAUGAUAUGUCUGGAGGCUACGAAGACAUGAUUCGCUGUUUUUUUCAAGAUACCGACACGAGGAAGACCGAGGCGCAGAAUAAACAAUCCAGACCAAAGGACUGCGUCUUUCGGCUCCCGACGCGGGUUACGCACAGAACAACCAACAAUUAUGACUUCUUGAAGUUUGAAUCUCGCCUUGCGCUAGUGUCUCUGAGCCUCCGCCCCGAACUACUGGACAGCUCUAGUAACGUGGUACAGUCCAAAGACCAGCUCAAGACCAUCGCAGACAAUGACGCAGCAAACAUCAUCAAAGUUUUUCGAUGGCUCAAGGACAAAGGAGUCACUAAGAUCCUGAAGCUGGUGGUUGACGACAAUCCUGAUCGGGUUUGCAGCGAAGAGGCAAUCGAAAAGUGCCUCGAGUGCAUGGAUGAGAUCCGAUUUCUGGACUGGGAUAGACCAGACCUGGCUGUGCCCACCAUUAAGAAAGCUCGACGUCUAAUCGAGCUAUCCCUCUACUCGACUGGAACGAACGCUGUUCUGCAUCACUGGUCAGACCAGAACGGCCUGGUCCAACUUCCCAAGUUAAGAAAGAUCGUCGUGAGAGCCGAAGAGGGGCUUGAGACUCCUCAGCGUAACAUUGAUAACCUCGACAAGUUCAAGAAAAGACUCAAAAAGCGAUUUAAGACGGACAAGGGGCAGGAGAUUGAUGUUGUAAUUGACAAAACUGAUAUGGAAGGUUCGGGUAAUACACCAUCUGGCAAGGACAAGUCUCAAGGUUCUCCGACCAAAGCCUCAAAACACGCGGGAUUCGAAGCGGCAGGAAAAUUUGCGCUGGCUCUCAAAAACAUGCAGCGGGCAAUCAGCACCGGGAGGAAAGUUAAGGUGGCCCUGAUGGAUGAUGGCGUCAACCCUGAAUACAGCGACUUGGGUACCCAUCUUGCCUGCAAUGGCUUUCCGCAAAGCUCCUUAGACGGCCGUCUCGCCCCCUUCUACACCUCAACAAAGGGACAUGGUAGCAAGAUGGCGUGGAUUAUAUCUAGUCUUUGCCCGUUCGUGGAGAUCUUGGUGGCGAAAAUCGACAAUCAAGAUCAUCCAGGUGACCUUCCAAAUCCCGAGCUAGAAGUGGACCAAGCAGUCUCGGCAGUCAGAUGGGCACUGGACGAAGGUGCGGAUAUUAUCUCAAUGAGCUGGAACUUCAAAGUGACACCUGAAGUCAUAGACGAAGCUGAAUUGCUCAGGAAGAUGCUCGACAAAUCCACAGCCGUGGUGUACUGCGCAGCUAGGGACAACAGAGGCAGUGACCCGGCCGACACGCGAUACUAUCCAGCCGAGUGCGAAACGUCACAGAAGGAGUCUCUACGAAAGAUCGGUGCGGCCACCACCUACAACUUGCCACAAAAGUAUGUUACGCCUGACAAGACCGACUACAUAUUCCCAAGCGAGAACGUCCUUCCUGGUGCGGCUGAUUCCGAUGGUGGUAACUCGGUGGCCACCGCUGUAGCCGCCGGGGUAGCUGCCCUAGUGCUUCAUUGUCUUCGAGAGGACAAAGCUCUGGAUCGACUGGUGAAAUCCGUCACACCAGCCAAGCUCCUAAACAAGGUUUUCACCAAGUUGCAAGACUCCGGCACCAAAUACGUCGACCUGGCGGAACUAUUCACAUGCAAAACUGGCGAAGUUCCCAAUCCUAGACUCCUCGUGAACAGGGUACUCGUGCAUGCCGGAUUGAUACAUCCGGAUGUGGAAAGCUCUGUGUUGAGAGAGACUUCUCACAAUAAGACGGACUUCUCUAGUUACCUUGGGUAGAAGAACACGGGAAGGGCUCUCAAUGCACGGACAUAUUUGGAUAGUAACCUGAGUAUCGAUGGGUCCUACUCAUAUGAGAGAAUACCAGAACCUCGAAAUGGCUGCGAGUAGAUGUCCCAGGGCAGGAGUGAAAGGUACUACAAAAAAGAGGGGGGCCCCGAUGUACCUCAAACAGUGCUUUCCAACAUCUGACUGAUGAGAUAAUCUGCCCUU